UUAAGUACAGCAAAGUGGAGAGCAAGAGAGAGAAAAGGAAGCGCGCGGGUGAGAGAGCGACAGCGAGAGAGAGAUGGAGGCGCGGAAGGUCUGCGUAACAGGAGCAGGGGGUUACAUAGCUUCAUGGCUGGUGAAGCUCCUUCUAUCUGAAGGAUACAAGGUCAAUGGCACAGUUCGAGAUCCAAGCGAUGAGAAAAAUUGUCACUUGAAGAAACUCGAGAACGCUUCAGAAAACCUUCAGCUCUACAAGGCAGAUGUUCUUCAAUAUGAUGAUUUAUUAGCAGCAAUUCAAGGAUGUGAAGGAGUUUUUCAUGUAGCCAGUCCUGUUCCUGGAUUCAAAGUGGUGCCCAAUCCUGAGACUGAGGUGAUCGCUCCUGCUCUCACUGGAACUAUCAAUGUUGUGAAAGCAUGUUCAGAGGUAGGAGUCAAGCGAGUUCUUUUUGUUUCGUCAGUAGCUGCUGUCUUUAUGAAUCCAAAUUUGCCCAAGGAUAAGGUCAUGGAUGAAUCUUGUUGGUCAGACCUAGAAUGGAUGAGGAAAAUUCAGCAUUGGUAUGCCCUUUCAAAGACUCUAGCAGAAAGAGCUGCCUGGGAAUAUGCAGAGAAGACUGGAUUAAAUCUGGUUACUGUUUGCCCAUCAAUGGUUUAUGGACCACAAUUGCAGACCACAGUUAAUUCUAGUAGCUUGAUGCUUCUCAAUAUUGUGAAAGGAGCACCAGAACCAAUGUUGGACAAGCUAUGGCACCUCGUGGAUGUGCGAGAUGUGGCUGAUGCUUUGCUUCUAGUGUAUGAGUCUACAGAGGCUUCAGGAAGAUAUAUUUCUACUGCUCAUUCGAGCUAUAUUCAUGACAUGAUUACCAAGUUGAAGAGUAUUUAUCCGAACUACAAAUACCAGCAGAAUUUCAUUGAGUCCGAGGAAGAGCGAAUCUUCUCUUCAGAGAAAUUAAAGAUGUUGGGUUGGAAAACCAGACCAUUUGAAGAAACACUUGUUGAUUCUAUUGAAUUCUACCAGGAAGCUGGCCUUCUUGAGAACUAAUGAAGGACAAAUGCAGUCUUUCAGAUUCUGGCAUUGUGUAAUAACGAUACAUUAAAUCUAGAGGUAUGAAUGAGGCAAAUAUGAGCGAGCAUAGACUCAGCUCGUAUUCAACUUGUUAAAAAAUAUUGUUAUUCGUGUUCGACUCA